UAUUUCUCUACUAUUUUCUUACCAUCUGCCGUCGAUGAGCAGCCCUUGAUGAUGACCGUCACGGCCCAGAAAUUCACACCAGAGGUUCUCCUCGCGGCGCCGCGGCGCUCCCCGGGCGUGCCCAAUGCCACGGGCGAGCUGGUCCUGUACACGGUCUCGACAUACUCCUUCGACUCCCACUCCAAGACGUCGCAGAUCCGCGUCCUCAACAUCAAUGAAGGAACAUCGCAUCUCGUCUCCGAAGACGCCGCGGCCAGCGAACCGAUCUGGAUCGCCGAGCAGGAGAUUGCCUAUGUCAAGAGCCUCGACCACGGUGCUUCGGCCCUGGUGGCGCAGCAUGUCUUGAAUCCAAAAGAGUCAAACACCAUCCAGCGCUUCGGCGGCAGCAUCAACAGCCUCAAGGCCAAGCCGCUGUCCGCAGACAAGGUGGCCUUCUGCUGCGCUGCUCUGACGACUCCCGAUGGACGCAUGUACAGCCCGGCUGCGGAACCAAAGACUUACACGUCGGCCAAGAUCUACACGUCCCUCUUUGCACGGCACUGGGACUCCUGGAACACUGAGAACAAGAACUCGCUCUGGUACGGCCAACUCGAGAAGGCCGACGGCAAGUGGACGCUUGGGAACUCGGAGCUCACCAACCUCCUGGCCGGCACGCGGCUUCAUUCUCCCGUGCCCCCCUUUGGAGGCACCGGUGAUUUUGACGUAUCCUCGACCGGCAUUGUCUUCGUUGCAAAGGAUCCGGACCUGAACCCUGCGAGAACGACCAAGUCUGACCUCUACUUUGUUCCGCUGCAUUCAUACCUGGACAAGCCGACCUUCCCCCAGAUCGUCAAGACGGGGACGUUGCAAGGCUAUUCGCUCUCUCCCGUCUUUUCGAGUGAUGGAAAACAGGUAGCUUUUCUACGCAUGAAAUCACAGCAAUACGAGGCCGACAAGACGAGACUCUUGCUGAUCCCAGACGUCACCGACUUGAGCAACGUUCAAGAGUUUUACGCGACGGAGGAUGGCAAGGGCGGCUGGGACUUUAAGCCCGAUUGGCUCAUCUGGAGCCAUGACGACAAGGAGCUGUAUGUUGCGGCCGAGAAGCACGCUCGAGUCGUCCUCUGGAAACUGCCGUCAUCGCCAUUGGAGGCCAAGGCACUCCCCACUCCUAUCCACGACGACGGCUCCGUGGCCGAGGCAAGGGUCCUCGGAAACGGCUCGUCUCUGUUGAUCACGACAAGAUCGCGGGUCGAAAGCUCCAACUACUCCAUCCUAGAUCCUGCCACCAAAUCCAUCACCGUCAUCUCGUCCAGUUCAAAGCAAGGUAAGACCUUUUCUUUGAACAAGUCGCAGUGCCAAGAGAUUUGGUUCCCCGGUGCCAAGGGCUACCGCAUCCACGCGCUGGUGACCCUGCCCUCGACAUUCGACUCGUCCAAGAAGUAUCCUUUGGCCUUCUUCAUUCAUGGUGGACCUCAGGGAGCUUGGGGAGACGACUGGAGCACUCGCUGGAACCCGGCCGUCUUUGCUGAGCAAGGCUAUGUGGUGGUGGCCCCCAAUCCAACUGGCAGCACGGGCUAUGGCCAAGACCACACCGAUGCCAUCCGGAACAACUGGGGAGGUGACCCUUACAGCGACCUGGUCAAGUGCUUUGAGUACUUGGAGAGACACGUGAGCUACGUUGACACGACCAGAGCAGUAGCUCUCGGCGCGUCUUAUGGCGGCUACAUGAUCAAUUGGAUCCAGGGCCAUGACCUCGGACGGAAGUUCAAGGCAUUGGUGUGCCACGAUGGCGUCUUCUCGACCUUGAACCAGUGGUCCACAGAGGAGCUCUUCUUCCCGGAGCACGACUUUGGCGGCGCCCUCUGGGAGAACAGAGAGGGCUACGAGAAGUGGGAUCCAGCAAAGCACGUUGGAAACUGGGCCACGCCGCAACUGGUCAUUCAUAACGAGCUCGACUAUCGUCUGCCCAUCUCAGAGGGUCUGGCCAUGUUCAACGUUCUGCAGGCUCGCGGCGUGCCGAGCAAGUUUCUCAUGUUCCCGGAUGAGCAUCACUGGGUGCUCAAGCCGGAGAAUUCUCUCGUCUGGCACAGGGAGGUGUUGGACUGGAUCAACAAGUACAGUGGGAUCUCUGAACAAAACUAAUUGGUUUAUUGUAUGUUGACCCUCGCAUGUUGAG